AUGGCCGACGUCCGCAUCCUCCUCAUCGGCAACGGAGGCCGUGAGCACGCUCUGGCCUGGAAAUUGAGCCAGUCAGCACGAGUCGACUCCAUCUUUGCCGUCCCCGGAAAUGGUGGAACGGCGACCCUCCCCAAGGUGACCAACGUCACUUCCGUUUCCGCCCAGGACUUCCCCGGGCUCGUCCAGUUUGCCGUGUCGAAUGGCGUCAACCUGGUGGUGCCCGGACCCGAGGCGCCGCUCGUCGACGGCAUCGAGGCCUUCUUCAGAAAGGCCGGCAUUCCCUGCUUUGGCCCCUCCAAGGAGGCGGCCCGUCUCGAGGGUAGCAAGACGUACUCGAAGGAUUUCAUGAACAAGUACAACAUUCCGACGGCCGCCUUCGGGAACUUUUCCGACUACGACGAGGCCGUCCGCUACCUCGACGGCGUCGACCAUGACGUCGUCGUCAAAGCCUCCGGCCUCGCCGCCGGAAAGGGCGUCAUCCUCCCGCGGACGAAGGAGGAGGCCAAGCUUGGCCUGAAGCAGCUCAUGGUGGAGAAGGAGUUUGGCGCCGCCGGCGACGAGGUCGUCAUCGAGGAGCUCCUCCUCGGUGACGAGCUGAGCGUCCUCACCUUCUGCGACGGCUACACUUUCAAGUCACUACCCCUCGCCCAGGACCACAAGCGCAUCUUCGACGGAGACCAGGGCCCCAACACGGGCGGCAUGGGUUGCUACGCGCCCACCAACAUCGCCACCGAGGAGCUGGUCGAGAGGAUCGACCGAGAGAUUCUCGGCCCUACCAUCUCCGGCAUGCGCCGGGAGAAGCAGCCCUUCCGCGGCGUCCUCUUCACCGGCCUCAUGAUCACGAGCUCGGGCCCCAAGGUGCUCGAGUACAACGUGCGGUUCGGCGACCCCGAGACCCAGACGGUGCUGCCGCUGCUGUCUGCGGACACGGAUCUGGCCGAAAUCAUGCUCGCGUGCGCCCAUGGGUACCUCGACAACCUGGAUCUCAAGGUGGAGAACAAGUUCAGUGCGACGGUCGUCAUCGCCGCUGGAGGGUACCCCGGCUCCUACGCCAAGGGCACGCCGAUGCACGUCCAGCCGCCCAAGCCUGGCACCGCCGUCUUUCAUGCCGGCACCACCCUGGACGGGGAUCGGUUGAAGACAUCGGGAGGCCGCGUCAUCGCCGUCAACUCGGUCGGCGACUCGCUCAAGGCUGCCGUCGACGGCGCCUACGACGCCCUGUCCUCCAACAUCAUCACCUUUGACGGCAUGUUCUUCCGAAAGGACAUUGCCCACCGUGCGUUCCGCGACCAGACCAAGGAGAGCAUGACGUAUGCGCAGGCGGGCGUGGACAUCCAAGCGGGCAACGACUUUGUCGAGAAGAUCAAGACGGCCGUCGCCAGCACCAAGCGCCCCGGUGCCGACGCCGAGAUCGGUGGCUUUGGCGGCGAGCUUGACCUCUCCCGGUGCGGAUACGCGGCCGCCCCGAUCCUCGUCGGUGCCAUCGAUGGUGUCGGAACGAAGCUCAUGAUCGCGCAGUCGAUGAGGAAGCACGACACGGUCGGCAUCGACUUGGUGGCGAUGAACGUCAACGACCUCAUCGUCCAGGGCGCCACCCCGCUCAUGUUCCUCGACUACUACGGUUGCAGCAAGCUGGACCUCCCAUCCGCCGCCUCCUUCGUCGAGGGCGUUGCCGAUGGCUGCCGGCAAGCAGGGUGCGCCUUGGUCGGCGGAGAGACGGCGGAGAUGCCGGGCAUGUAUCAGGGGGAAGACUACGACGCGGCCGGCUGCGCUGUCGGUGCGGUGACGCCUUCGCUCAGGCUACCCCGGAAGGAGGCCAUGGUCGAGGGCGACGUCCUCCUGGGCCUGGCGUCCCACGGCGUCCACUCCAACGGUUUCUCGCUCGUGAGGAGGGUUGUGCAGAGUGCGGGCCUGCAGUACGAGUCUCGGGCGCCCUGGGACGAGUCCAAGACGGUGGGCGAAUCGCUCCUGACCCCGACCCGGAUCUACGUCAAGAGCCUUCUACCUGUUCUGGAUCAGGUCAAGGGCCUCGCCCACAUCACGGGCGGCGGUCUUCUCGAGAACGUGCCGCGGAUGCUACCCGACACCCUCGCGGCCGAGAUUGAGUUUGGCACGUGGGAGGUUCCUCCGGUCUUCCAAUGGCUCAAGACGAACGGCAACGUUGCGCCGGCAGAAAUGUGCCGCACCUUCAACUCGGGCAUCGGAAUGGUCAUCGCCGUCGACGCGGCCAAGGCCAAUGCUGUGACGCGGGCGCUCGAGACAUCGGAGAAGGUGUUCCGGCUGGGUCGGCUGGUCCAGCGUAGUCAGGGGCAGGCCGGCUGCAGCAUCCAAAAGCUGGAUUCCUGGGCGUAG